AUGACUACUAUUACUCUCUCUCUAACACCACCCUCUCUUCCUCACUUCCGUUCCCAUGCCCUCCAUCACCACCACCCUCCCAUGUCUAUCCUCCGCCACCUAAACCUCAUCCGCCGCCACCACCACCCCCGCCGCCUAUUCUCUAUCUCCGCCGCCGCAGUCCGCCAAGACAGCACCGUUUGGACUCCCGCACCUCUCACCGUCGUCCACCCCGCGGCCGAGUCCCUAUUCCACGUCACCAUCGACGUCUCCGACUCCCCUGACCUCGUCGAUUCCUACACCCGCGCAGGCCAGUACCUCCAGCUCCGGCUGCCGGACGUCGCCAAGCCUUCGUUUCUCGCCAUCGCGUCGCCGCUGUCCCUGGCGGCGGCGAGAGGCGAGUUCGAAUUCUUGGUGAAGAGCGUGGCCGGCUCUACGGCGGAGCUCCUCUGCGGGCUCAGAAAAGGAGAUGUUGUAUUUUAA